AUGCAAUGCGCCCACUACUCUGGCAGCAGCACAGCAAGCAGCGCAUGUGAUAGAGACGCCUACUACACGCUGCUCAGGCCGCUCCUCUCGCGCGCCAAGUACCUCCUCCGGGCUAGCGGUGUGACAGCAGCAGAGCUGAGUGGGGACAGGCCUGGCUCUCUCCCCUUUCGCCCUCCCUCGUUUCUCCAGUUCGCCUCCUCUCAUCCCCCCUUUCACCCCUCACCCUCACCCCGCCCCUCCCAUCAGCUGCGAGCUAGCGGCGUGACAGCAGCAGAGCUGAGUGGGGACAGCCCGGGGCGGGACCAACAGCUGCUCAUGGAGGUGAUGGAACUGAGGGAGACCGUUGAGGACGCUGACAGCCCCGAGGAGCUGCAGGCGCUGCAGUCGCAGACCCAGGAGAGAAUGGAAGGGCUGUACAGCAGCUUUGACGAUGUGUUUCGGAGGGGCGAUGUGGGAGCAUGUGUGGGGCUGCUGCACCGCAUGGCAUACUUCCAGCGCGUAGCCAAUGAGAUUGACAACCGGCUGCACUCUAUGUAG